GUCACAUUUAGUCACUCGAAUUACUGAAACACGUCACAUUUAGUCACUCUACCGUUAGUUUUCGUCCAACUCCAUUAAUAGAUUUGGACGAAAACUAAUGAGAGAGUGACUAAAUGUGACCUGUUUCAGUAAUUCGAGCGACCAAAAUUGAUAUUGAUUUUUUCUAGUGACUAAACAUGACACGAUUUAGUGACCAAAUGUGCAUUACCCAAAAACAAAAGCAUACGCUUACACUAUGUUUUUUAUGAAGAGAAAUGGAGGGAAAGGGAGGAAGGAAAGUGGGAUUCCCAAUGAGUUUUCCCUUGUUGUUUGGAGGAAGGAAAGUAUGGAAGGAGGGAAAACUUUCCACCUUUUGUAUUGUUGACCCUCCCCUCCAAUUUGGAGAGAAAGGAGAGGGACGCAUAUGUGUUUCUUUUUUUAUAAAUAUUUUCUAAUAAUUAAGUCCAUCAAAUACUUGUUUUUAAAUACUUAUAUUUCAUAAACUUCCACUUCUCUCUCCCACACAAAAUAACAUUGAUUAUUAUUUCAAUUACUAUCGUAGCAUUUGUGGUUCUUUCUUUUUUCUUUCUUUUUUAAUAUUUUCUAAUAAUUAAGUCCAUCAAAUACUUAUUUUUAAAUACGUAUAUUUCAUAAACUUCCACUUCUCUCUCCCACACAAAAUAACAUUGAUUACUAUUUCAAUUACUAUCGUAGCAUAUUGUCCGUCAUAUUAUAAAAAUUGUCUAUCAUCAUCCAAGUAGAUAUGGUAUAUUUGAUGGUCAUAUGUUCAGGGUAAUAAAAUAUACCAUAAUGGUAGAAGACUAAAAACGACUCAAAUAGGUCGGACCCCAAUCAGACCAAUAAACUUCAAAUCAUUUAUUUGAUCGGCUCUAUGACUUAAACCGGUUUGACAACUUUGUUAUUCAUAAGUAAUGAAACUAACAUUAACACAUAAUUAAACUAUGUUACAAUUUCAUAACCAAUAAAAUAAUAUAUCUAUCAUAUUUCACAAUAUAUUUUUCAUUCUCGCUUUUCAGUUUUCUCCAUAUUUUCCUUUAUAAAACAACAUUUUCCCUCAACUCCAAAUUUUCUCUCCCCUCCUUCCAUUUUCCUUCCCCCAUUUUCCUCCCUCCCUUCGUAAACAAGUGUUAAACGACGGCGUCUAUGUAUAAUUCCUUCUACCUUUUCAUUUCUUCCUCACCAGUUGCCAACUUGCCAUUCCGGGCCGCCAUUUUCCAGUCCAACAGAAAGCGGCCAGAAAACAAGAGCAGUGGCCGGAGAAGGAAAAACAUGGGGAGCUUGACCAACAAGCAGCCGAGAAUCUUCAGUGCGCACUACAGCAACGCUCUGCCGCCGUGCACUCGGACUCACCAGAUCGGCGCUCUUCUCCUCGUCUCCGCCACCUUCUUCCUCACUCGCCUCUUUCACCAGUCAUUCUCUCCCUGCACCGCCACUUCCUUCGGAGGCGAUCUCGGUUCCUCCGAUUCCCAGACCCUCGUCCGUAUCUCUGACGCCGGCUACCUGUCGUGGCCUAACCGUGGCUACGGUUCAUUCCUCUCCCUCAAGAUCUAUGUGUAUGAAGAGACCGAGAUUGAUGGCUUGAAAGAGCUGAUGCGCGGUCGAGAUGACAAAAUACCCGCCGAAGCUUGCGUUAAAGGCCAAUGGGGAACUCAGGUUAAGAUACACAAAUUGCUGUUGAAAUCGAGGUUUCGGACUAGGCGGAAAGAGGAGGCCGAUUUCUUCUUUGUGCCGACGUAUGUCAAAUGUGUGCGGAUGAUGGGAGGUCUCAAUGAUAAGGAGAUCAACCAAACCUUUGUUAAAGUCUUAAGCCAAAUGCCUUACUUUAGAAGAUCUGGAGGUCGAGACCACAUUUUCGUCUUCCCAAGGUAACUUUCUGUUCCUUUCAAGGAGAACAUUUGAAACAUGUUUAAAGAGGACUGGCCGUCGGUUUUUUUUUAUUUUUAUGGGCAAUAUCAAAAAAUUUAUUAAGCUCUAUGUGCUCCCCUUAAAACAGGGGAAGCAACAUCUGGGUCUUUACACCUACACAGCAGCAAGCUACAAGAAACUUCUGCUACUAUACUACAUUUACACAGCAAACAAGAAAGCCAGAAACUACCCUAAACUCCAUAUUUACUGACUAAGAAUCAUCCGACAAUCAGUGUCCAGAGCGGCAUUGCCAUGUCUCGCUAGCUCGAUCGUCCUGCGCACUGUCCUUAUCAACUCCCCAAACUGCAUAGCAGGACUGCCAUACAAUCUACCACAGCGUUCCCGCCAAAUCAUACUCACAACUAGGUUCCAAACCAAUCUUCCAACCAUGGCUAAUGCUUUCUUUCCUUUGAAAGUUCUGACUGCCCAAUGCUAGUAAUCAUCAUAACCAUUUAACUGAGGACAACUCAGAUUAAGCAUUAACAGACAACCUUUCAGCACCUGGGAAGUAUAUUGACAAUGGAAGUAUAAAUAGCCGUCGGAUUCUUCAACCUUAGUCCUGGCAAGUAGGGUGAGUUAGGAUGUAGAAAGUAAUUAUUAUUCAGCUUUUAUGUGCUUAGCAUUCCCUUCAAUGUUGCUGAUCUAUGUGUAUAAUUUUCCUCGACUUUAGUGGGGCAGGAGCUCACUUGUUUCGAUCGUGAGCUACGUUCAUAAAUCGUUCAAUUAUACUUUCUCCUGAGGCAUAAGUCGUGUUUCUUGAACAAUCCCUUCUCUUUGGACUAGUUAAUGCAUGUUAUUCAUUGAAGUGACAGUACGCAUUCAUGUUUAUGAUUCCAAGUGUUUGGUGUUUGACUGCAUAUGUGAAUUUCAGAGAUAGUGGUUCCUUUUGUAGCGUGUGUUCUUUUUUCAUUUACUGCAAAGCAUGCUAACAGGCCUGGAACAUUUGUGUUAGUGCAGGGCGACUGAACUGAUAAAAAGGAUAUAACUGCUUUCAAUAAUUGGAAAGAUAUCAUCAUCCCUGGUAAUGUUGAAGAUGGAAUGACCGUGAAAAAACCUACUACAGUUGAGCCUUUACCUUUGUCAAAAAGGAAGUACUUAGCAAAUUAUUUAGGUAGGGCACAAGGCAAAGCUGGUCGCCUUAAGCUCAUUGAGAUGUCAAAGAAAUUUCCAGAUAAGGUAAGCUGUUCUCUCGGUGUGACACUAUGAUAGCCUUGAAUGGGUGCUCUUCUUUUCAUGUUCAAUCUUUAAAUGUACAUUUUUAUCUUGGACUUGAGCUCACUGACUAGAUUGCUUUGUUUUUUUUUUUUUUGUAUGUUUUUGCUCUGCUUAUGUUUCUCUUUCUUGUGCAUGCUUCUACAUAUGUGUCGGGCAGGUUAGUCAUUCUGUUUGUCGAAGUGCUGUAGACUGGAUAAGGCUGUUUAUCGGUUUUUUUUUCUGGUUGUAUGUGAUUGGCCUUUGAACAACUAAAUGAUGAUCUGCAUAAAAUGGCUGAAAAGAAGAUGCUUGGUUAAGCAACUUGCUGCAACUAAACUGCAUGAUUCCACCUCUCUUUAUUGUGGUGGUUGUCAUGCUAGUCCUUAUUCCUUGUUCUUGGUUAUAUGGCUAACAUAUGAAGCACAUAAUGACAUCCGGAAACAGUUGGAAUGUCCAGACUUGAAAUUCAGUGGUCCUGAGAAAUUGGGAAGGGCUGAAUACUUUGAACAUAUCCGCAAUGCAAAGUUUUGUCUUGCACCACGAGGAGAAUCUUCCUGGACCCUUCGGUUUUAUGAAUCUUUUUUGUGGUUGGUCCUCUUUCUACCUUUUUUCUCCUCUUUUGGGUAUGCCUAAAGUUGUGCCUACAAAGUAAUUUCAUGGCCAUGUGUUUUGAAGGAGUGUGUUCCUGUUAUUUUGUCAGAUCAAGCAGAGUUUCCGUUCCAAAAUGUGAUCGACUAUUUCCAGAUAUCAAUCAAAUGGCCAUCUAGUCGAAUUGGCCCUGAACUUUUGGAUUACCUUGAGUCUAUACCAGGUAAAAAUUGUAUUAACUGAAGCCUUAUGUUCAAGUAGGGUAAUUGUACGAUCUUGAUUUAUUCCGUUUUUUCUGUUCUUUUACCCUAGAAAGAGACAUAGAGAGGAUGAUAGCUAACGGGAGGCAAAUAAGAUGCUUGUGGGUAUAUGGUUCCGAAUCUCAGCCCUGUUCUACAAUGCAAGGAAUAGUGUGGGAACUUCAGAGGAAAGUGAGGCAGUUCCACCAAUCACACGAAACAUUCUGGCUUCACAAUCAAACGAUAGUGAACAGAAAUUUAGUUGAGUUCUCCAAAUGGUAACCUCCCAUGCCUCUCCCAUGAUAAUGUGUCCUUGGAAUAGAAAACACCAUCAGCUUACUUGUGCUUUUCCUCGCCACGAUCUACUCGUUGGUCGAGUUGCAGCUGGAGUUGCCUCAUGGUGCUACUUCAGCAUCCUACCCGAAUUUUGCUUGCUAAACAAACCUCCCCUGCUUUUUUAGUACAUUCACAAGUAAAGUUUCCAGCAUCUCAACUUCAGUAUAGAGAAAUUGUUGUAGUUUCGUAGGAUUCGAAGCUGGGGAAUGUAUAGUGGACCCAAACUAAAUGUAGAUGGCAGAAACUGAAGAACUUGUAGAUUACUUUAUCUGAGUCUAAUGUACUAUUUGUUGAAGUGAUGCAUUUGUAUGGUCUUCUAAUAUUGCAGGCGUUUCUGUUGGGCAUGCACUGUUUAGAUGGCUAAUAUUGCACUCUUGACAAAACAAGGGUAAUAAAUCUGUUGCAGAAAUAGAGACAUUAGCCUUGUUUUUCAAGCGUGAAAUUUUAGGCCCAACGCUUCCAUCACACAUCAUUUCAGUGACAUUUUUUAAUCGAACCAACCAUAAUUUAUAUGUAUCAUGCAUGUACUUAUGGUACUUCUUGAAAUCACUAUGAAACUCCAUUGUCUAUUUGUGUAGUUUUCAUCUCUUUCGAAAGUAAAUCAUUACCGUGUUUUUGUAUCUCCCCAUGCCCCAUUGUCUAAAAAUAAAUUCAUAUACAUUAAAAUACCACAAACAGAGAAGAGGUUGACUGCUAAGAUUCUUUGAUUGACCUUAUGAUGAAAAGUUCGAUUAUUACAGUGUUUAUGUUUCUCUCGCCCCAUGGUCAUCCUUUUGAUUUACUAGUAUUUCACGGACAAAUACUUUGGUGUUAAAUGAUAGCAAAGUCCUUAUUUAAACUGAAAUCUUUUUAGUGGUGAAAUCUUGUUCCAAUUCUAAUGACAUAACAGUUAACUAGUCGACCGUUCAAUUGUAGCGGCAACCAUUAUUUUCUUUCUAAUAGUGGAGUCCCAUUGCAAUACUGAAAAUGCUUUUAGUGGUGAAAUCUUGUUCCAACACUGAUAAGGUAAUGACCAAUCAAUCUAUUGAAGUUAUAGAUCAUUAUUUUCCUUGUAAUGAUGGAGAAUCGCUGGAACAAACAAAGCAGGGGUGUAAGUUUGAUCAUAAAAACCCACUGACUCGUCCCAACGUCAGUUUAGGGUUGGAUCAACUUUUGACCUUAUGGGACAACUUAGAAACGGGUCACUUUUUGACCCUGUGGCACUUAGCAACAACAAAUUUCUCAUAUCACAUUGGACCUCUUGUAAAGUUUUAAAAGUUUAGGUUCUAAAUUGUAAACAUAAAUUUUUUGGGUACCAAAAUAUAAUUUUACCAUAAAAAAUUAUGGAUUUAUUUGUAAAAAACAAAAUUUAGGUACUAAAUUGCAAGAAAAAAAUAAAUUUGGGUACCAAAUUAUAAUUUAAAAAAAUAGUGUCGACCCAUUGGCCCGGUCCUUCCAUACCCGUCCUAACACUUGAGGAUCAAACAGAAUCAAGAAGAAGACAGUGA